CAUCGUUGACAAGUGGAGUAUAACAGUUUCAUUGCAAUAUUUAAUUAAACGAAGUUAAGAAAGAGAACCGAAAAAAAACAAUCAUAUGGACCACCAAAUGAAAUUUGUAAAAAUAAAUGUAAUGUUAAUUGUUUAUAAUCUUAUUGUCGGGUCAAUAAAGGCUUUGGACACCCCUCCUGUCUAUCAUUAUCAAUAUCAAACCACCAGACUUACCAUACAAAAAGAAUGGCCAAUUAAACCGCCCGGAGACCUGUUGGACUCCCACAACAACGACGCUAACAACCCACAAAAACCUGCUGGGAAAACAAAAAACAUACCAAAUGAUUUGGAUCAGCAACAUCGCUUUUAUCCAUCCACCGGAACGACAACAGGGUCAUUUUACAUCUCUCCCAUGCCGGUUAAUAUUUUUAAAUCUCCACAAAUAACGCCGACAACCGCGAAACCAAAUAUGAUUGCCACCACAACGAAGACGUCUCUCGCUCCUCAUCCACUGACGCUGUUCUUAAAUAAAUUACCCGCCGAUGGGGAAGAUAGUUCGACGAGUAAUUUAACACCUUUGAACCCGGCACCCAUGUUAAAACCCAAUCCAUUUGUCAAUCAUCAGGGUCAGCAAAUACAAUUUGCCCCCAAAACGGGCGGUCAUGUGGUAGCUCCCAAUGGUAAUAUAUUUAAGGGUCCUCCAUUACGUCGCGAAGAGGGAGCAUUUUGUAAACGCAGUUUUGAUGGACGUAGUGGCUACUGCAUUUUGGCCUAUCAGUGUUUGCAUGUCAUUCGGGAAUAUCGUUUACAUGGUACCAAGAUUGAUGUUUGCACCUAUCGGCGUAAUAUACCGGUGAUAUGUUGUCCCUUGGCGGAUAAGCAUAUUGAUGAUCAGAGGAUAAGUGCGCAGAAAUGCCAAGAAUACCAUGAAGCUGUCAGAGGCAUAAGACUGGGUCUCCCAAGAAUACUAUCUGGAAAAAUGUGUGUUUCCAGUAUUCCCCUCAUUGUUGGAGGUCAUGUUACACGAAGUGAAGAAUAUCCUCAUAUGGCUGCCCUGGGAUGGACCCAAAGCGACAAGGAACUAAAAUGGGGUUGCGGUGGUACGUUAAUAAAUCAAAGAUUUGUAUUGACUGCGGCCCAUUGUGCAACAUCUGGAGGACGACCACCGGAUAUGGUACGCCUGGGCAGCCAGAAUCUCAACGAAACCUCUAAACAUCAAGUGGAUAUAAAAAUUCUAGUUAUUAUCCUUCAUCCGAAAUAUCGUUCAUCUUCCUACUAUCAUGACAUAGCCUUGCUAAAGCUAACCCGAGAUGUUGAAUUCUCGGAAACGAUACAACCGGCAUGUCUUUGGCAACAACCUGAUAUGGACAUGGAUUUAGCAAUUGCCACCGGUUGGGGUCGCACCGAGUUUAUGGGACCCAAAUCGAAUGACUUGCAAAAGGUGGACCUGAAUAUAAUCGAUCAAAAGAUUUGCAAAGACAUUUAUCGUAAAGAACGACGGCUGCCUCGUGGCAUUAUUGAGGGACAAUUCUGUGCGGGCCAUUUGGAGGGUGGCAAAGACACCUGUCAAGGUGAUUCCGGUGGUCCCUUGCACGUGGAAUUGCCCGAAUUUAAUUGUGUGAAAUUUGUCAUUGGCAUAACAUCGUUUGGGAAAUUCUGUGCCGCACCCAAUGCCCCCGGAGUGUAUACGAAGAUUUAUACCUAUUUGGAUUGGAUUGAGAAAAUUGCAUUUCGUAAUGGAAUUUAAGGACAAUAUUUAGCUUCAAUUCCCUAUCUCCCACUUCUGUGUAUACCCUGUAAAUUAGGAGUAUUAUUUUUAUUAUUGUUUUAAAAUUAGAAUGGCAAAAUACACAUAGCUUUAAGUUUUAAAA